UGUAUUGCAAGGUUUACGCACUUCAGAGAAGUUCCUAAGUGCCAGGCUAGCACCUCUGUCAUGAUUGAAGGCCCUUUUCUAGUACACUCACAGAGAGAGGCCUAGUGGUAACGUUUUGUCAACGCCAGUUUCGCUACACACACAUACAGAAAAGCAGACUUUUGUAGUAAUUGUAUUGUACGACAGCGACCUAAAAAAUGUACCAGACCUUCCACUGUUUCUAUGAACCAACUCAAAGUACGUAUCUGUAAGCAGCAUUUGUUGUUGUGUUUUUAUUUGUAGGCACAUCGUUGAAUCUGCUGAUAAGGAAACGUAAGCUGGAUAGCGAGGAUGAGCUUAGCCUAGCGGAGCUACUUCCGUGUUGGUGAGAGUCGGUGUAGUGUGAGGGCAGAAAAGGGGCCAGAAGUUUGACUCGGAAAGAUUUUUCCUUCUUUUUUGCGUGUUUUUUUUCACGGCUCGUAUUUUUUUUGACUACCACUCGAGCACAGACUCUUGUUCAGCAUGAAGAGACGGUGAAAACUCCGGGGGACGAGCUGAAGGAGAAGGAGGAUGGUUCUUCAUGCGGUGGUUCACUAAAAGUCAGCUAGUCAGAUGCUAAGCUAAUUCCAGGUUGCCGGCUAACACAUGCUGGAAUGCUCCUCAUCGGAUCACGGAGAUUCCGUCUCGGCUUUCGGGCCAUUUAAAGAACAAAUUCUUCCCACAGAUUGUUCGUACUGAUGCAGUGGAUCGGUUUGUGUGCAGGAGAGACGAAACCCGCGGCUCCAGGAGACCGCUUCAGCUAGCUCCGUCGGCUAGCUUUACAGCUAGCGACCAGCUCUAUUUGUUUCAAAUGUUUUGCUUUGUUUUUGCCGGGGACCGGUCCGCUGGAGACGAGCCUUUAAGAACGGGGAUAUACACAUUCAUCCAUGCCUAAUCCGGAGAUUUCGCACGACGCCCGGGGCCGGAGCCCUUCGGCACAAAGGAACCGCCGACACGAGAGGCGGAGGAAAGCUCCAGGGAGCACCGGCGCUAGCGAGAACGCCGCCCGACGCGAGAGGCACCGGGACGUGGAGCGGCGCGCGUCGGCGUCGCGACGCAAGAGGCGCAACAAGCACGGCAGGGAGCGGGAAGCGCGGCGCUCGCCCGCCAAGCUGGACGGGAACGUCCACGGGCUGGCGGUGGAGUACGACGACGUGAGUUCGCAGUCGGAGCGUUUCUCGGCCAGCCCCUCGCCUAGAGCGGAGCAGUGGUCCGAGCUGGCCGAGUUGCGAGACAGCGACGUGACGCCGGUAAGAAAAACGCGCCGUGAGCCCGACUCCUCGGGGGGCCGACAGGACAGGGACCCGAAACUCAAGGAGAAAAAAACGGAGCGUGAGAAGGACGCACUGUCCAGGUCGCGGGAUCAGACCAGGAACCACGACAGCAACGGCAAAAAGUCGUCUGCGGACAACAAACGCGAGGCCAAGCGGCACAAGAGCCGAACCAAGUCGGAAAAAGAGACCCCGUCCGCGUACCGAGACACGCCGCAGGCCUACCGGGACGAGCGCGACGAGCUCCGGUCCUACCGCAGAAGCCCUGGCUGUAAUAAAACCGAGAGUCCGUACUCGUCGUACCAGUACGGAUACCAGUCUCCGAGCUACAACCAGUUUUCGAACUACGGGAGUAAGAAACAGUCACCGAGCUCGACCUACUACGGGCGGGAUGCGGACUCGUACGGCGGCUACAGCGCGACCAAGUCGCCUUCGGCCAAACGGAAGCGCUCGCCGGGGAGCCCGUACGCGUGGCGUCGCACCCCGAGUCCAUACGAAGCGUGGGAGCACACUUCCAGCCCGUACAGCCGAAAACGCUCCCGGAGCCCGUACAAGAAAUCAGUCAGCCCCAGUCCAGAGCAGAGGCGUCCGGCGAAAUCGCGAUCACGCAGCCCAUACACGUCAUCACGGCGUUCACGUUCUCGUAGUCGUCACCGUCAUUCACGUUCUCACUCGCGACCCUCCAGCCUUUCACCCAGCACCCUUACGUUCAAAAGCAGCCUGGCUGCUGAGCUCAGCAAGCAGAAGAGGGCGAAGGCUGCUGAGGCUGCACGUGCCAAGAGCUCCAGCAAUGCAUCAACACCAACCAAGGGCUCAUCAUCCUCUUCCACCGCACCCCAGCCAAGCCCCAUCACCAAUCACACAGUGAAGAAAACACGGCCCCCGUCUCCCCCUCCGCCGGCAAUUGAAAAAGGCCCCAAAAGCCCUGCAUCAAAUCAGCCACAGUCCCCUGUCGACAAGACCACCAAAAGCAGCUCAGAGGUGCCUCCGUCUGUCAGGGUGAAGGAGGAGAAGAGGAAAGGACAAGCUGCUCAAGGGAAGGAGAAGGAAAAAACAAAUGCCCCAGUGUCCUCACUGUCAUCUUUGCCUCUGCCCAACCUUUUAGACCACAUAGAUGGAACUGAUAGCUUGAAGAACUCUACACUCUCAGGGAAGAAGAAACCAGAAAAGAAAACACGCCACCUCCUGGCUGAUCUCCCGCUCCCUCCUGAACUCCUCGGCAGUACGCUCGGUUCACCUCAUAGCCCACCAGAGGAGAAAAAGACCGCCACGUUAAGAAGGAGACCAAAAAUAUGUGGCCCACGCUUCGGUGAGAUUAAGGAGACGGAGAUCGAUUGGGGAAAGCGAUGUGUGGACAAGUUUGAAAUCAUUGGGAUCACUGGAGAAGGUACCUAUGGACAAGUGUACAAAGCCAAGGAUAAAGAUACAGCUGAGAUGGUGGCUCUGAAAAAAGUGCGAUUAGACAACGAGAAAGAGGGCUUUCCCAUCACGGCUAUCAGGGAGAUCAAGAUCCUGCGGCAGCUCAACCACAAAAGCAUCAUCAAUAUGAAGGAGAUUGUCACAGAUAAAGAAGAUGCUCUGGACUUCAAGAACGAUAAAGGGGCAUUUUACUUGGUGUUUGAGUAUAUGGACCAUGACUUGAUGGGGCUUUUGGAGUCUGGCCUAGUCCAUUUUAACGAGAGCCACAUCAAAUCCUUCAUGCGGCAGUUGCUGGAAGGUCUGGAUUACUGCCACAAGAAGAACUUUCUGCACCGAGACAUCAAGUGCUCCAACAUUCUGCUCAAUAACAAGGGCCAGAUAAAGCUGGCGGAUUUUGGAUUGGCUCGACUCUACAACUCCGAGGAAAGUCGGCCCUACACCAAUAAGGUGAUCACUCUGUGGUACCGUCCACCUGAGCUUCUGCUUGGGGAAGAGCGAUACACACCAGCCAUUGAUGUGUGGAGCUGCGGGUGCAUUCUGGGUGAACUCUUCACCAAGAAACCUAUUUUUCAAGCCAACCAAGAACUGGCACAGUUAGAGCUAAUUAGCCGUAUCUGUGGCAGUCCUUGUCCCGCUGCGUGGCCCGACGUCAUCAAACUGCCGUACUUCAACACCAUGAAACCAAAGAAACAGUACAGACGCAGGCUCCGUGAAGAGUUUGCUUUUAUUCCUCUAACAGCCCUGGACCUGUUUGAUCACAUGCUGGCUCUGGAUCCUAGUAAGCGUUGUACCGCAGAACAGGCGCUCCUCAGCGACUUCCUCAGAGAUGUGGACCCAACUAAGAUGCCUCCACCAGAUCUCCCUCUGUGGCAGGAUUGUCACGAGCUGUGGAGCAAAAAACGUCGGCGGCAGAAGCAGAUGCCAGAAGAACUCGCUGCUCCAAAAGUUCCACGGAAAGAGCUGGGACUAGACGACAGCCGCAGUAACACGCCUCAGGGUUUCCCUUCUGCUGGAGGACACAAAGGGCCCAGUGCCACUGCGGCUGCCAUGCUGGACCCCAAAGGCCCUACUUCCCAGCUGACCCAGGAGCAGUUGGCAGUACUUUUAAACUUGCUCCAGUCUAAGAGCACCCCAGCGGGACCUCUGCAGCUCUCCCAGGCCGCGGGCCUCAAGUUAAACUCAGAAGCACUGCAGCACCUAGCGAAGGCUCUUCUCCCAGGGGCAGCUGAGCCAGAGAGACCACCAGAACCUCCUGUUCCUGCCCAGUCGCAGUCCAAAGCCCCCAAACCCCCACUCCCUCUUCCAGCAGUGGGCGGGGCACCUCGAACCCCACCGCUUCCCAAGCCUCCAUCACCCCCCACUCCUCAGCAGCAGGGUAAACACGAUGGAGACGUCUCUGCCACAGCUACGCAAACAGCCGUUACUAUGCUGCUCGCUCAGUUUCUCAAGGUCCAGCAGGGGGCAGAAGUGCUCGGAACAGAGGGGGCGGAUACAACCGUUUCGACAGCGGCAGGGACGGCUGCUGCACCGCUCCCCCCCACAGAGAUAAAACUGCCACCAGAGCCUAGCCCUGUCUCACCAGCGACUGAGGGGAACGGAUCAUCCUCCAGAGCUCCUGAGCCUAUCUCCAUUUUGCCUCCUGAUCAGAGGCCACCAGAACCCCCAGAACCUCCUCCGUGUGCAGACCUGGACUAUCGGCAAGCCCCUGAAAGCCAGACUCUCCUCUCCUCUUCCUGUUCCACUUCCGCAUCUUUAGGAGAAGCGGCACGGCCGCCUGAGCCUGAAUAUCCUCCUCCUCCUCCACCAAGAAGCCACUUGCCUCCUCCACCCUUUCCCCCAACAGGCUUCGGAGAAAGCUACCUCAGCCACAUGAUAGGUGGAGGAAUACCCCCUCAUGCGCAUGCCCACGCCACAUCCUCUGCCCCAGUGCCCUUCCCUCAUGGAGCAGCACCGGGUGGCAGCACGAGUGGAGUUUCUGCAGGAGCCAGUGGCAGCAUGGUAUUUAGUGGAGACAAGGACCAUCGCUUCGAGUAUAAUCAUAGUCCAAUACCCAUAGAGGGCACCUCCCACCCCUCUAGUAUACAUCUCUACAACCCUGCUAUUGGGCAGAAGGACGGAGGAGCGCCACCUCCUUCAGUUCCGCCACCUCCCCCAGGCCAAGUGUGGGGCUCCCCAUCACAGUCUGGGGCUCCACCCCUUCCUCUUGGGUACGUCCCCCAUUUGAAUACUGCAGCACUACGGGGCAGAGGACUUCCAUAUUGAUCGGCUCCCAGAUACGGGAGGCACCACGCAGUGACAGAUGUGCACCUCAGAAAAGGACGACUGUAACGAGAGAAGCAGUUGCAAUUAAUCAUGCCAGCACUGAGUGCAUCACAGAGGCACACUUAAUUUGUAAUAAUUCUAAUUGUGGAUGCAGGCAGGCAUUUUGUUAGAGUAUUGUGGCUUGAGCUACAGCUGAAGGGGUAUGAGAUGAGAGGGAUUCCUUUUUUUUUUUUUUUUCUUUCUCCUCACCCAUUUUUUUCUAUUAGUUACCCCUCUGUAUGAUUUGGUAAAUCUAUCAAACUGCUGUCUUUUAAAUAAAAUCUGAUCUUUUUUGAGUGUA